AUGGCUGUCGAAGUGCAAUGUUUUGCUUUCAUGGCGUCUUCCUUUUUAAAAUAUCUUACAAGUAUUCCAGUGUAAUCAAGUUCAUUUAAUUAUUUUUUAUAGUGAGUGAUUAAUUGUUUAACAUGGAAUCGCUGCUGCCUUCAGAAGUUGCUCGAUUAGUCCUUGGUUACCUCGAAGACCAAAAAUGUGAUGAGGCUGCCAAAGCAUUCUUACAGACAUCGUCCCACUUGCAAGAAUGCAGAACAGUUGUGUCUAAUGGAAAGCGUUUCAGCACUAGAGUGAAUGGAUUCACCCUUCUUGAUAUCCUUGAAAAGUUUUCUGCAGCUAAUGCCAUAAUACAAGAACGCUUAAGUAGAUUAGCAGACUGUGAACAACUUAAACACUGUGGGGACUUGCUGGAACAGCUUAGAUUUCUUGUUGAAGGUUCUCGUGCUCAACGUUUUGUUGUAAACAUUAAUGUACCACCACAGACGAGUUCACAAUCUGCUGGAGGAUCUCCGAUCAUAUCCAGCAGUAUACGCAAAAGACAUCAUAGUGGUAGUGAUCGUGAACGAUGUAAACGUGCUGCAAAAUCAUUCCCUCAAAUAUACGAUAAACAAUAUGAAUCAGUCUCGAGUCAAUUAGGGUGCGAUACGAUAGAAGCAACGCCAUUGGAAAGUUUACCAGGUCAUGCUGAUUUAUUGGCAUCACAUGAUUCUGGAAGGUUAAACAAUUCUGAACGAGGUAGCGGGGAUAGCUAUUGUACUAUUAAUAAGAACAACACCGUUAACAAUAUCACGAAAACGCAGACAGCAGAUUUCGUAAAGGAGAGCAGCAGUGUUGAUUCUUGCUCAACGAAUCAGAAAAAUAAAAGUUCAAAUAAUGAUAGCCAGACAUGUGAACCUGAACCUAGUAAUUUUGAUAAAGAUAACGAGAUUGGUCAAGAUGCACAAAUUAAACCAUUUGGAGUAUGUAUGGGAACUAGUACGGACGAGCUGGCUUACACUAGUGCUGAAGUACAAACUACGCCUUAUGAUAUUCAAGAAUCUGAAUCAGAAUCGAAUGACGAGCCCAUAGAAAAUCUUAGUUUACUGACAAAGGAGUUACUGAAUCGUACUGAAUUGCAAGAACGAAUUGCUGAUAAUAUUAACAAAGCUAUAUUACCUGGAGAUGCCUCCUUUAAGGACGAGAGUCUCUGCGAGUCUAUGGGUGGAGAAUUGAACACUUCAAUUAUGUCAGAAUUAAAUAAUGCCAUCAAAUCCAUAGUUCAAGCCACGGAGACUGAUCCAGUUUUUGAACAAUUCUUUGAAGAGAUUAUUGGACCUAACAUAGAGACUGAUACAAGUCCAGAUGAAGAGAUUGAUUCCAAGUUCAAUGUGGAUCCCAGCAAAGAAGUGUCAUGUGAAAAACAUGUUGAAGCGGUUAUUGAAGAUACAAGAUCACAGGAACCUGGACCAAUUACGGCGAAGUCUACAUCCGGUUCCAGUGUGGUUGAAAUUCCUUUAAAACAUAGACUACGUAGUUCAUCUAGACAGCAAAACACUAGAGUUGAAGAUGAGACUGAUAAAUUAAAAGAACGGGAAAAAGAAGAGAGUGCUCUGCAUGAUCAGAACGCUGCUGCGAUUUUGAGCAUAAUAAAUGUUAAUAUGUCUGGGGAGAUAAUACACGAUGGUAAAAGGGGCCAUCAUGUCCUGAACGAACAAAUCUGCUUAAAUACUGAGACUGAAAAAAUAUCAGAAAAGCGAGAAGCGCAAGUGGAAUUGCAUGUUAAAGAACCGGUAGUACAAAUGCCAGAAGCAUCAAGCAUGCCGGUAAGUCAGGAAGCAAACGUUGCUAUGCCAUAUCCCAACAAUACUGUUGAAUGUAAGAGUACAAGGAAAAAUCCAAUUAAAAAACCAAAACCCACAAAACCCAAACACAUUUUGGAGAAUGACGCAGAAAAAUUAAUUUCCGAACAGGAGAUGAUGGUUAUGCCGACGUUAAUUGUUUGCUCAAAAGAAGAAGUAACCAGUCUACUGAAGACAAAUUCAAACUAUCAUGCUGCAAACUCUGGAAAUAUUUCUUCCAGUUCCAGUUCACACUUUAUUCCUAUUGCUCCAAAAGAUCCAUUGGGUAUUCCGCCACCAGAAAAAAUAUAUUUGCGGGCUGUUAACGUUUGUCAGAAAGUGGCUGUACCUCCGGAUCCAAUAGAAGUCAAGCUGGCACAAACGGAAGAGACAAAAGUUCAAAGAGCUGUGCAAUCGUCCAAAAGGAAGCCGCGUAAAGUAACAAAAAAACUCAAAAAUACUCAAGUUGUUGAAAAGCCUGUACAAUCCGCCAUGGAAACUGUUACAAUAAGUGACACACCGGCUGUAAUUAAUACUUCAAGUGAAAUUGAAUCUAUAACAUUGUAUGGGAAUGAGAACAGUGCAGGCACGACUUUGGAAAAUGCCAAUAUGCCUCCUAUCAAUCUAGACGAAUCUAUCAGCUUAUGCGGAACAGGUCUGUCGCCAUUUUUAAAAUUCCAUGAUAAGGCAAAACAACCCCAACACGAAACGAGCAUCGUGAUGAAAUCUGCAAAUGACGUUAUACCGGAAUCGAAUAGAGUGGAAACAGCAGUACAACUGCCAAAGGAUAAAGCAGGUGAAGAGCAGAACUCAAUAGCCGGACGUAGUUCCUGUGAUGUGAUUACUAAACGUACACCAAGAUCUUUGUUAAAAAGUAGGUCCAAAAAUUAUAGGUUGAGUAUGUCAACACCUCGAAGAAGAAGUAGUCAUGUUAGAGCGCUUGAUUUCACUACACCAACAAAGGUAACAAGUUCUGGUCGCCGUUUGAGUACCAACGAGAGUGUUCAAUUUUCUCCAAAAUCAUCAAAUCGAUCAAAGUCUGUGUGCAGAACUACAUUAUUCAAGUCUCCGCCAUUUGGAAAUUCACCAGUCACUGUCCAGAAAUUAAAAAGUCCGUUAAAAAUUUGUCGACCCUGUAAAGUGCCAAUUGCUACAAGGAGUCCUGCACCAAAAUUAAUGGGUGGUUGGGAAAAGUAUACUGGGGUUGGACUGAUUUUGGGCGGUACAUCACCGCACUCUAGUUCAAGGACUACUUCGCCAAGUAAAAAUCAGACUCAGUCGUCAACUAAGGAAGCACCUGUUAUUAAAAAGAGUUGGGAUGCGGAUCUACGAAAAAUUCUGCAAGCAUCCAAGGAGAAGGAGGAGGUAGUUGUAAAAACGACAAAGACAACGAAGAAGAGGGAAUCGACUAAAGAUAAGUCAAGUAGUGCGACGUCGAAAAAGGAAGUGGUGACAAAGAAAAAUGCUAAAUCUACCGUUGGUUCAAAUAAAGUGAAAAACAAUCAAACUGACGAAAUUAUAAUAUCGGAUAAAAGUUCGGACAGUUGUACCAAAACUGUUGAUAAUGAUGUAAUCAAAGAACUAACUAGUGUGCAAGACGUUAUUACGCCUUCAAAUACUAAUGUGAAUAAAGUGGAAGUACCUGUUCCAACUAGUUCGUGCAGUGAUACUGUACAGGUCCAGGAUGAGAAAGAUUCGCUGGCGAAUAAGAAUGAUACGUCUGAGAAAAAGGUAGUAAAAAAGUACGCUAAAUUAAAGACAAUAAAAACAAACAUUUCAAAACCAAACAGUGCAAACAUCAUCGAAUGCAUGUCUAAUUCAAUAGACUUGAGUGUGAGGACCUCUGAUCUCAUAAGAAUCUCUCCGGAAUCAAGUCGACAUAUUUUGCAGUUACCACAUAUGAUAGAUUUAGAAACACCAAGAAAAAUUGAAAAUUCUUUUGGACUGCCUCCUACUCCUAGAGUUCUCAGUCCGAGUAAUAACGUGAUAACACCUUUUGUAAAGGUCAGUGAAGAUUCUAGUAAAGUUCGUAGCUUUGUCACUACACCAGAAUUCCCACCUACACCGUGCGUCACUCUUACACCAAAGUUAGCUGGUGAGAAUACAGAGGAUGCCAUUAGAAAGGGAGAAUAUAAUACCUGUUCACCGUAUUAUCAUCCAAGUUCUGAACAGCCCACUGGCCUUAAUAAGAUAUUAGGUUGCCAAAGUACUCAUACACAGAAUAAAUUACAGCAACCUGAAGUCAGUAUUAUACCAGUUGAUGCGGAAGGUUGUAGGACUAAUAUUAAUAUGGAUGUUGUUAGUGGCUUUCCGGUAAACAUAUCCAGUAGUAAGUUAGAGAUAACUCAAUUUGAAGUAAUCAAAGAAAAUCUUCCCAAAGAAGAAGCUGUGAAGGAAUUAAAAAUUUCAGCCACAUCUAAGGACAUUACUGAUAAAUCAAAAAACAAUCUUCCGACUGCUUCUAAUAUGACUACAAAUGACUGUAUUACAAAAGAGGAAAUUAAAGCUGUAAAUAUUAGUCAAAUAAAUAUUAGAUGUGACAGUUCAUCCAAAAGUGAUCAUGAAUCAUCCGAUAGUGAUUCUAGUUCUUCGUCCAAUUCAACUUCAUCAUCAUCAUCAAGUUCCUCUUCAGGCUCAGGUACGACAAACCCAUCCCCUCUGCUGUCAGUAAUAAAAAAUAAAGAGAUACUUGGGAAAAUUUAUACUGACACCAGUAAUGAUUCUGGACACAAAGCAGUACCAGAAAUAAUUAACGUUGGAAAUACAGCAGAUGAUACUCCAGUCAUAGAGAAGACAGAUAAAUCACAAGAGGAGGUUGUAAAGAAAUUAGAAGAAAUGUCAGUUCCCAGUACAAAUCAGAAGAACAAUGAUAACGUGUUAUCCUUGACAAAUUUAAUAGUAGGAGCCGAAGAAUCCCCUGCUAAGGUUUUUCCUGUCGUAAAAUCAGAUGAUGUCAUUAGAAAUACAUCUAUGGAAACACCUGCUAAAGAUGAGGCAUUAUUAUCCGAGGCUGAUAUUUCUGAAACACCCAGUAGCUCAAAAGCUGGCAUGGAAACUCUGACUAAUUUGAGCAGUAAGAUUUCCGCUUUGAUUUCUGCUCAGGAUCCAAAAGCGACAAAGGCAGAUAGUCCACUCAAUCAAACUCUUUCAAUUACCAAUCAAACCACAGCGAAACCAAAAAUAAUUGACGUACAGUGUCUAGUACCGGCUGUCUCUGUUACACGUGGAAUACCCGAAGCUUUAUCUUUCACAAAAGAGCGUGAACCUCAAGUAUCACAUUCGUCUCAUUCAAGUUCACAAUCUAGCGCACAACCGGAUUGUAAAUUAGGAUUAGAAUUGGAAAAGAAACGACUUCGUAUCAUUUCAAAAUUAAAGACAAAGCCUCAGCUUCCUGUAGUACCCAAGGGGAUCAGAGCUAAGCGAGUUCCGGCUGCAAAAACAGAAGAACCUGUAAACGUUAAAGUAAAUACUAAAACCGAUGAAGAUCAGUCUAAAAAUAAUGUGAUAAAGAGAAGAAAAUCUCAGUCUAAACCGCAUGUAAAUAUUUUGCAAAAAAACUUGGACACUGCUGAGGUACCCAAAGAUCAUUCGAUUGCAGAAAAUACUAGAACAAUUUUACGACUAACAACAAUCAAAGAAGCGACAGGAGUUGAAGAAGAAUCUAAAAAAGAAAAGCAUGAAUCAUCUCGCGCAUCUUCUAAUGUAAGAGGUCAAUCACGCAGUGAAGCACAAACGUGUCCGAAUGCAAAUAUAAAUAAAAGAAAGAAUUCCACAGACUUGACAAAAUCAAAAAGUAAAACGGUUAAAAACGAAAAGAAAAAGGACAACAAGCCAAAGGAAUCUACCGUCAAGAAUUCUAAAGGAAGUGAGCAAACUUGUGAUAACAUUAUUGUAGAUAAUGUUUUAGAAAAUAAAAUUGAAAAAGUUCAUAGUAGCAACGAGGAAAAAAUAUUGAAUUCAAAGGAGCAAAUUAAUUCAAACGAAAAUACAAAACGCACAUUGAAAUCCAAAGUGGAUCAAAUCAAGAGAGACCUCUUUAGUGAUGACGAGAAUAAUGACCAAAGGACAACCCGUUCUAGAACACGUCAAAUUUCAGAUGCUCAAAAAAGCGACUGCGGUGGACCUAAUACAGAAUCUUCCAGUAGCGCAAUUAAAAUCGCCAAUGAAAAAAAUGGUCCAGUUUCUUCUAAAGAAGAUUUAUCUUGUGUAUUGGAGUGUUUACAAUUGGUACCAGCGAACAAGCACACAACUGUAGAACCUGAUGGAAUAGGUAGUCUGAAUGCAACCAUAUCCAACACUGUAGAGUACCGAUUCGUCCAUGACGAUUCUGUACCUGUAAAGAAACGAAGACGAAAGUUCAGGAGUUCUGAACUCAGAUUCCAGGUGAAGGUUGAUUCUACAGAUGAAAAAGACAAAGAACGUGGUAAAAUGAUGACUGCGACACCGUACGAAGAAAUAUUUAAUAUUUCUCCAAAGUCAAAGAGAAAAGUCGUUAACAAACGACCUGCUCUUAAAAGUAUUAAAUGUACAAAGCUUCAAUUGUCAACGUUACAAAACAGCUCAUCUUCAGUCUUCAAAGGCAGCGAAAUAAAACCUUUAGCCACAUCAUCUCCUAUGUCAGAACCUUCAACAUCCGGUACCACAAAGAUACAUGGAAAAAAUCCAUUGUCAUCUGGUAGAAAAUCCGUUUCCAAGUCGCCUGAUGGAAAAAGGAAGCAGACAGUCGAUAAUGCUCAAGAUCCUCCCAAAGACGAUAGAAAAAAGAGAAAAGCAUCCGAAUCAAGAGAGAGUGAACAGGUUGAGAAAAAAGCACGAGCAACAGAUCCACAAGUUUUAUUGAGCAUGUUGAAUGUGGACGAGUUCCUGACAUCUGUUCAUGGACCCACAUGAGGAUUAUAAACGUUAGAUUUCAAAUGGGAGAUCCUUUUCUGAUUGUAUCAUGUAUAUAUUGUUAUCUGCUAGCCAAUGGUGCUACACAUUGUUAUUUAUUUAUAGGUGUGCUUCAUACCAUCGGAUUUUCUAAAAGUACUAAUACAGAACAUUAAAUGACUCUACUAUGACUGUAAGAUCUUAUAGUUUCCUAUAUGGAACGUUUUGUUCAAACUUCAUUCUUAUUAAAAGUUUGUUGCUUUUUUUUAAAUACUAUCUAUGUAAUACCAAUAUCUUUAUGAAUGGAUAUGUUUUUUGUUCCUACGAUUAAAAGUAGCGUGUCAUUAAAAUAUGUUACAAAAGCAACAUAUAUCCAAGAUACAUUAGUCAUUGUAUUAUCACAUCACAGAAUCUCGAUUACUUAAUUUCACUACAUGUUCCACUUCAACUGACAUUUUUUUUAGAAAUUUAUGAUACUGAUCUAUGAAUCCCAUUUUGAUUUUAUUAUUUGUUCUUUGACUGUGGGCAUUAAACAAAAAAUAUUUUAGAAACGUUUACUUAACGAUGAUAAUUAUUUUUUAUUACAACAGAGACAUGCGCUUCUCCAUUUAUAUUCAUUUUCAUGAUUAUAUCGCCCUGAAAUUUUAUAAUUGCCCAUGGAUUUUCUUUGUAAAGUUGCAGAUUAUAAAAUGUAUCUGAAUUCGCUACGAGUAAAAUAUUUUAAUACAUUAUCACUUGCAAUGGAAGUAACAUAUGUAAUACUCUUUAUAUAAUAUAUAAAAAGUGUUGCACAUUACUUGGGUGAGAAAUAGUUGUUAUGUUUCUAUAUUAUUAAGUGAAAUUUCUUGAAAAAGUAGUUGUUAAGCUGUGGAUAAGAGUAAAA